CAUCUCUCUCUCUCUCUCUCUCUCUCUCUGGGUUCGAAUUUGUAUUUUCAUUUAAUGAAGAAAAGGAUGGAGGAAAAUCAUCAGAAAAAAAAGAUGGAGAAAGGGAGGAAAACUUGUGUGUGUAUAUGCGUAUGUGUAUCUGCAUGACACCGAAUCAUAUAUAGAAGAAAUACAGUAGCAGCACCAUCGCCUUUUCUCUGAGAAAAAGAAAAAGAAAAUUACAAGAUUUCGUCUUAAAAUCAAGGGAGGAUCGAUGCUGUAGAGGAAAAAGCCUCAAAUGGACAUGGAAAGAACGAAGGAGGCUAAAGCAAAAGCAGCCAUGGCGGCGCCUUCUUCCUCAGCGGCAGCGUUCUUCGGAAUGCGAGAAGAAGACGAAAACCAGAUGACUCAACAGCAUUCAUUACCAGUACCAGCUUCAUCCGCAACAACCACCCAGAAACGGAGAAGAAAUCAACCUGGAAUGCCAACAGAUCCAGACGCAGAGGUUAUCGCGCUAUCUCCCAGGACCCUAAUGGCAACGAACCGGUUUGUUUGUGAGGUUUGCAACAAAGGGUUCCAAAGGGAGCAAAACCUACAGCUCCACAGAAGAGGACACAACCUGCCUUGGAAGCUAAAGCAGAAGACUACAAAAGAGGUGAAGAGGAAGGUCUAUCUUUGCCCUGAGCCCACAUGCGUCCAUCAUGACCCUUCAAGGGCUCUCGGAGACCUUACUGGCAUCAAGAAACACUACUCUAGAAAACAUGGUGAAAAGAAGUAUAAGUGUGAGAAGUGUUCGAAGAAAUAUGCGGUGCAAUCUGACUGGAAGGCUCACACCAAGACUUGUGGUACUAGAGAGUACAGAUGUGACUGUGGCACUCUUUUCUCAAGGCGAGACAGUUUUAUCACACACAGGGCUUUUUGUGAUGCACUUGCUCAAGAGACUGCGAGGCAUCCAUCCACCUUGAACACCAUUGGCAGCCACUUAUUUGGAAGCAGCAACGUGAGCUUAGGCUUAUCUCCAGUGGGCCAGCAAAUUUCCUCGAUUCAAGACCAGAACCAGCCAUCUACUGAUCUUCUAAGGCUAGGUGGUUCCAGGACUACUACUGUACAAUUUGAUACUCUUAUUCCGCCCAACAUUAGCUCUGCUUUUCGGCCACCGCAGCCUGCUGUGCCUCCUCCGACCUUCUUCAUGCCGGAACCAAAUCAAGACUACCAUGACCAUCACGACAACCAAUCCCCACAUGGGUUGCUCCAAAACAAGCCAUUUCAUGGACUAAUGCAAAUUCCUGAUCAGCUUCAAAACAAUUCAAGCCAACCAAAUCUUAGCUUCUUCUCCAAUGGCAACAACAGCAGCAGCAUUGGUAAUGACAACACCAACAAUGAAAACAACACCAACAAUGGAAAUGGCAAUGGCAAUCUAUCCUCUCCAAGCUUCCUGGUUUCAAAUCAAUUCAACAAUGGAAACAAUGGUACUGCUGGCGGUGAGAGUUCCAGUCUGUUCUCUGGAAGCCUAAUGGGAAACCAAAUCUCUUCUUUCUAUGGCAGCAACAACAAUGUCAGUUCAAACAUGUCUGCAACGGCACUACUUCAAAAAGCUGCACAAAUCGGUUCAACCACAAGCAAGAGCAGUGCCUCUCUUUUGAGAGGAUUUGGAAGCUCCUCCUCAACUGGCACAAAAAACUUCACCAAUAUUUUUGGGGACAACAAUGGAAAUGGAACAAACAAUCUUCAAGAUCUGAUGAACUCUCUUGCUGGAGGCAGCUCCAGCAACAUCUUUGGAGUUGGGUCUAACCUCUUCGGUACUACAAAUGAACAAGAGAAUAACUCUUUUGGUGGAUUCAAUGCAAAUAGAUCAUCAAGCUUUGGGAGCUCCGAUAGGCUGACAAGGGACUUUCUUGGGGUUGGAGACCAUAUGGUUAGGAGCAUGAGUGGAGGGUUUUCACAGCAAGGUGGGAAUGAGAUGGGCUCUUUGGAUCAACAACCAAAGACUGCGCGGAAAAGCCAAGCCUUUGGAGAGGGGAAUUUUCAGUGAAGAAAGGUGAGCUAAUUAGGAGAAAGUAGCAGCAAAGUACAGGAAUGAAUUAGGAGAAGCUUUGUUUCUUUCAAUACCGAGCCAACAUCCAUACAAUCGUGUUCUGACCAGUAGAUCUGCAAGACCAUGGAAUCUUAAUAUAUGUCACCAAGAGACAGGCAACUAGGUUUUUCAAAGUGAACCCAGAACUUUAGCAUUUUGCUUAUGUUCGUUUUUCAGGUAGUAGUGUUUGUGUUUCUUUGAUUUGGAUUAUCAGACAAGUAGCAGCAGACAAUGAAUGCUUUUCCUAAAACCUUUAUAUACCUUUUUGUGGUUUAGUGAUCUUGGAUCGUGCGUGUAUCCAAGAAACAUAUAUAUGUUUUAAGUAUAUUAAAUCCUUUCUAGUUUGACUUUGAAGAAUA